AUGCAGAACCUCAAGACUGACCCUGUAUUUGAAGCAUUGGAUAAGAUAUUCCGCCGCUACAAUAAGACAGGCUUUCAUGUCAAGACGAUCAAGUGUGAUCGGGCUUUCAUCCCUCUGACGGAUGAUAUGCUAGAUGAUAUGGGUGUUACUAUUGACCCGACUGCAGCUGGAGACCACGAGCCUACAGCUGAGCGAAACAAUCAAACCCUGAAAGAAAGAGUUAGAGUAGCUCAUGCACGAUUACCCUACAAAGUGGUCCCAAAGGUGAUCACUGAAUGUCUUGGACAUCGAGCCGCCGAGCUAUUGAAUGUCUUUCCCCAGAAAGACAGUAUUUCCUCACAUUUCAGUCUGCAGCAACUUAUUGAUAAUGUCAAUAUCAACUACAAGAGUGACAUGGUUGCUGAGCUUGGACAAGAUUUGGAGACAUUUCAAGAUGGCGAUCAAAUCCCAGGAGUGGAUGAUACGGAACAAGGUUACUUAGAGGAAGCCUUUGAUCAGGACUAUGAACCUGAAGAUGAAGAUAAACGUGAUUUCAACCUACGUGGACAAUCCGAUGAUAUCGAUGACUCCGAAAGAAAUGAGCUCUUGGCAGAUGCAGACAACGAUGUUGAUGAUAUGCCGGAGCUCUUUGUCAGAUUCCAAGGGGAUGAUGACUAUGAAUCAGAUGACGACGAUUCGGGUGAUGAAGGCAAUGAAGAGGAAGAACCUAUUGUGGCCGAUUUGGAUCACCAUCAAGAAAAUGUCGAUAGAGAAACCGAUGAUAUUGGGAGCCUCGUUACUGAUCUGGAGGAUCUACAAGAACCGCCAGAAGAAGAGAUCGUAUUUGAGCCUGAAGAGCCUCAAGUAGCAAAAGUCACUCAAUCUGGGCAAACGUAUGCCCAAGCUGCAAUGUCUGGGCAGAACCUUUCUCAAGUUCCAAAGAAACCAAGAGAAUGGCCUUCGAGCAGGAGUGGCAGUUCUGCCAAUAAGAACAAGAAUGGAGUUGCGACAAGACACAAGCAUCAAGAAAGGGAAAUGAAACUGUUGAAGGACAAAUUGAAGUCUGGUAUUUGUACCAAAGAAGGAAGUCGCAGUACUAAAUACAGUAAAGCUAUACUUGAAGCACAGCACAAUCUAUGUUUCCAACAGAUUGGGAAUGAGAUGAAAGCUGAUUAUGAAGAGCACGACGCUAUUCUGAUCGCUCGUUGCAUGAUGCAGAUCAAGGCAAA